AUGAUCGAGUUGUCGCGGCGGUGGAUGGAAUCUUCCUUUCUGCCAGCUGACGUUCCCCGAGGCCCUGUGCCUGACCCUCUUGGCAUGACCCUCUUCCAUUUUAUGAAGACCUUUGAGCAUCUGGCUCUGCAUUCUGGGUCUGCCUAUCAUGAGAGAGAGAUUCAAGCUGAACGGCAGAAGAAGAUGGUUGAGGAUCAACUCGAGCUGGAUCGGCUGAUAGCUCAGACAAAGUCUGCGGGCGAGAGGUUGCAGAAGGAAAUUGAGGAUCAGAAGGUUCUGCUGAAGGCGAGGGAUAGUCAGCUGAAGGCCAAGGGUGAUCAGCUCAAAGCCAAGGACGCUCAGUUGGAGGCGAAAGACAAGGAGUUGGCUGAGAAGGAGAAACUGAUCAAGGAGAAAACUGCUGAGGCUAAUUCUGCUGCAGCCAAAGUGACUGACCUGGAGAAAAAACUGCAAGAUGUCACGGCUGAGAGGGACAAUCGGAUUUCUGUCAAGGAAAGUCAGGAGCGGGGAAAUGCUCGUUGGAGGGACGGGUUUUGUGAUGCUCGGCGUUUUGUGCAGAAGGUGGAUCCGUCUUUGAAGUGGGGCGAGGUGAUGAAGGCUUAUAAGGGAGGUGCCCACAAAUUUCCCUCUGCCGAAGAGGCUAAAGAGUUGUCUGAAUUGCUUGCUCAGAAGGCUCGAGAAGCAACUGAUAAGAAGGCUGCUAGUGCACAAGGUAAGACUGUGGCUGCGCCUGGGUCGUCUGGUACACAGACAGCUGCGGAGGGGAAGAGCCCUGGUGAUGUUCCGAUGGAGAAUCCGAAUGUCGCCUAG